GUCGUUUCCUGGAAUCUUUCCUAAGCACCACCUCGGAGAGGGAUUAUUCGGAGGGCGUAGCUAUUCCUCCUCACCUCGACCAGCGCCCUCGUGCUCGCACUGGUUCCUCAGCGCAGACUCCCCCGAGCCAUCAACCUGUCAUCCCAAUCAUCGUACUCUCGGACGAUGAAGAUGUCGCAGGAUCACCGGGCCGCCUUUUGGAGCCGGUUGGCAACUGCUACGCUGAAUGUGUCUCUGACUUCCUAGAUCUCGGAGGAAGCAACGAAAAUGACGAGGAUGACUGCGAAGAACCGGAAAACAGAUAUACUGUUGGGACAGGGCUUCCUGAGGGAGAGGCAGGGCGAAGACCUCGCACUGCAUCCACCACCGCUUCCCAUGAAUCACUGCUCUCCAUCAGAUCAAGCACUCUCUCGAAAUGCUCGAGCGCUUCCAAGGAUAUCACAUUAGAGAUGUUCCCCACACCUCCCCCGCUCAUUGUCCCUCCUCCGCCCCGCGGCCUUCCUCCCGCGAUACCUUUGCCAUUUGGGACGAAACCCCGCCCCUCCACGGCCGACGCCCUACGGCAGAGACCUCAUACCAAUCGACCAAAGGAACUCCGGAAGUCCAAGUCAGCAGGGCAGCUUGGAUGAUCCGGACGACAGCAGCCUCGAUUGCUUGAAUGGGAAGCCGACCUUCCUCCGGAGAAACCUGCGGAGACCACGCAUACAACUUCGUCCUCUAUAAUAACAAGGGAUUCGACACAGAGCGACUCGCAAGCCGGCGGUUGUGAUACUUCCUCGACGUCGACCG